GUUCGUCUUACGGAGGAAAGAGACGAUAGGAAAGCCGAUAAAGGCUCCUGUGGAAAACUACUGCCGCGCGCUGGUAGACGCUCGCCGGUAAGGAUGGAAAACUACCGGCGAAGAACCCGCCAGGCGGCCAGCGUGCCCCGAGGGAGCGGCCGGCGCGGUGACUACCUGGGCACCGGCUCGACGCGGCCACUGCUGCCCGCGCUCCGCUACCGUGAACAGCCGCUCCGCCACCACUCUGAUGCCUGGACUCCUGCGAGUGGGCAGCGCUAGCCUGACUCCCGGCCUGUUCUCGCUGGGCCGACGACAGGACAACUUCGACCUCGGAUAGGCGUCCGCUGCCGAGCGCCGGAUCGGCCCCAACAGACCAGACAGGUGCAACAGCAGGGUGGAGCCCCCGAGGAGGAGACGCCAGCGCCGCAGAGUCCCCGUCAGCCGCCGCCCGACUCCCGUCGACCCGACCCGCCGACACCGACGAGCCGUCUGAGCUCGCCGUCGGCCGACUUGCAUCAGCUGCGCCCCGCCGAGAGCGGCGCGCGCGCCGGUCCACCCCGAGCAGCGCCGGUCGGCCUCAGGAGCGCGGCAUUCGAGCUCGGCACGCCGCGCAGGCAACAUCGGCCCAGCCAUGUCCUCGUCAGCCCGCCUCCGCAGCCUCAGUCCCUCGGCGGGCCUGCUGAGUCGGAUCGGCCAGCCGGCGCCCGCUGUCGGUAACCCGCUGCUGGCACAGACUCAGACCAGCCGGACGGCAGUGCUGCGGGCCGCCGCCGCCCCGACCGCCGCCCCGACCGCCUACCUGCUGCGGGCGCAACCCCGCAUCGGCUCUGGCGCCCGACUCUUCUCCACGGCGUCAUGGAAAAAGGGCUAUGGUGUCAACGGGCGGACCAUGCAGACGGCCGAGACCAACUGGUCUCCGUUCAAGGACCGCAGUCAGCUCAAGACCUCGCGCCGUAUCGUCAUUAAGAUGGGCUCGGCCGUCAUCACGCGCGAGGACGAGUGUGGCCUCGCGCUCGGCCGCCUGGCCUCCAUCGUCGAGCAGGUGGCUGAACUGCAGAACCAGGGCCGCGAGUGUCUGAUGGUGACCUCCGGCUCGGUGGCCUUCGGCAAGCAGAAACUCACCGAGGAGCUGGUGAUGUCGCUCAGCAUGAGGGAGACCCUGUCCAAGAACAACGGCAUCCGGGCCAAGAAGAGCGGCGUCUACACUCUGGAGCCCCGAGCGGCAGCCGCCGUCGGCCAGUCGGGCCUGAUGUCGCUCUAUGACGCCAUGUUCGCCCAGUACGGCGUCAGAAUAGCCCAGAUUCUCAUCACCACCGCCGACUUCUACUCUGACGAAAUCAAACAGAACCUGUUCGAGACUAUGCAGGAGCUGAUCUCCCUCAACAUCGUGCCCAUCAUCAACACAAACGACGCCGUGUCGCCCCCGCCGCAGAUCGACGAGGACCUGGCCGGCGGCCUCGGAAAGCCGGUCAAGCCACCGACCCGACCAGUGAUCAGCAUCAAGGACAACGACAGCCUGGCGGCGCGGCUGGCCGCCCAGCUGCACGCCGACCUGCUGAUCCUGAUGACGGACGUGGACGGCCUGUACAACCGGCCGCCCGACCAGGACGGCGCCCGGCUCAUCGACACAUUCGUGCCCAGCUCGCACGACGAGAUCCAGUUCGGCGGCAAGUCGCGCGUCGGCACCGGCGGCAUGGACUCGAAGUCGAAGGCGGCCGUCUGGGCGCUGGACCACGGCGUCUCGGUGGUCAUCUGCAACGGCCUCAAGGACAACGCCAUCAAGGACAUCGUGGCCGGCAGGAGGGUCGGCACCUUCAUCGCCAAGACGAACCCCGGCGGCAUGGCCGUGGAGGUACUCGCCAAGGGAGCCCGCCGCGGUAGCCGGGUGCUGCAGUCCCUCAGCUGGCAGGAGCGGGCCAACGUCAUCAACACGCUCGCCUCGCUGCUCGAGUCGCGCUGCGCAGACAUCAUCGCCGCCAACGAGGUGGACCUGAAGAAGGCCAAGGCCGAGAACCUCAGCGAGGCGAUGCAGGCGCGUCUGAAGCUGACGCCGGCCAAGCUGGCCGACCUGGCCACGGGGCUGCGCCAGAUCGCCGCCGACGGGCGCCGCCAGCUGGGCCGCGUGCUGCGCCGCACGCAGCUGGCCUCUGGCAUGGAGCUGCGCCAGGUCACCGUGCCGCUCGGCGUGCUGCUAGUCAUCUUCGAGUCGCGGCCCGACUGCCUGCCCCAGGUGGCGUCCCUGGCCAUCAGCACCGGCAACGGGCUGCUGCUGAAGGGCGGACGCGAGGCCAAGCACAGCAACGAGUACCUGAUGUCGCUGGUCAAGGAGGCGCUCUCGACCGUCGGAGCCACUAGCGCCGUCGGCCUGGUGAGCGGGCGCGAGGAGAUCUCGGACCUGCUGCAGCUGGACGACUGCGUCGACCUGGUGAUCCCGCGCGGCAGCGGCGAGCUGGUGCGCCACAUCCAGGACCAGAGCAGGCACAUCCCCGUGCUGGGACACAGUGAGGGCGUCUGCCACGUCUACAUUGACAAGAACGCCGACAUGAACAAGGCCCUGGAAAUCGUUAAGGACAGCAAGUGCGACUACCCGGCCGCCUGCAACGCCAUGGAGACCCUGCUGCUGCACAAGGACCUGAUGGAGGUGCCCAACCUCUUCAACAACGUCUGCCAGCUGCUGAAGGACAACGGCGUGCGGCUGUACGCCGGUCCGCGUCUGCACAAGCAGCUCACCUUCGGGCCGCCGCCAGCGCCCUCUAUGCGGACAGAGUACGGCGACCUCGCCUGCUGCAUCGAGAUCGUCGACGACGUGGACGCUGCCAUCGAGCACAUCCACGAGUUCGGCUCGGCGCACACGGACUCGAUCGUCACAGAGGACGCCGCCUCCGCCGAGAAGUUCCUGAACGCCGUCGACAGCGCCUGCGUCUUCCACAACGCCAGCACCAGGUUCGCUGACGGCUACCGGUUCGGGCUGGGCGCCGAGGUGGGCAUCAGCACGGGCCGGAUCCACGCGCGCGGGCCCGUCGGCGUGGAGGGUCUGCUCACCACCAAGUGGGUGCUGCACGGCUCCGGAGACACGGUGGAGCACUUCAAGACCGGCGAGAAGGUGUACGUGCACGAGCAGCUGGCCAUCGAGGACGGCGGCGCUCAGAGCCCCGCGCAGAACGGCGAGAAGCUGGAGUCUGUGCUGGAAUGACUGCACCGGGAGGCGAGCCGCGCACUGCUGUCUGUGGCGGCGCUCGGCAGGUGGCACAGAUGACCACCGCCGGCUGCUGCGUCGCCGCUCCUUGACGCGGCAAUGCAGUUUGUGAACUGUUCAUUGGAUGGGGCCAACUUAUGUGUAUGGAUCCAAAGUUCAAACUGUCCGCGCCGCGUAACUGAUGGACGGCGCAGGGUCGGCGCACAGAGCUGAAAGUCGUAUAAAUACAAGUGCCUUUGCUCUUGGGUGAUGUUGCUUAUUCUAUCGGCUCUGAAUGGCAGAUGUUGAUCAGUAAGCGCCGUGCUUUAUCACUUCUGGCAGUGUGUGGUAAAAUGUGUUUUCCUACCGUAUCCGCUUCAUCUGUACGGAGGAGGCUGUGGUGUUAGGAGACAAGUGGUGCUGGGACUUCGAGAUGACGUCACCAGUGGCUUUCCCGCACGUCUUAAACGGAGCACAAGGUGGCUGGUCUGGUGCAGUGCACAUCACCACAGGACCAAGUGUGUGUCCAUUGUCCAAUGUCCAACUACUCUAGUGGCGAUUCGUGCUCUUGUUUCAAUGCUUAGUUUAGUAAGGAGAGUGGUCGCGCUCACGAGCCAUGCAGACUGGGGAGUGCUGGAUCGUGUUUUGUACUGGUAAUAAAUAUUGUGAUGUCACCGUU